AUCUUAACUGUUUUGCUCGAUAUGCACUUUGUGGUCUUAAUUUAGGAUGUAGGAGAUCAGAGAGACCAGCCAUAGGAGUUGGGAUGUGCAUUUCUGUUGCAAUAGCUGCACCUGCAGUUGCUGGUGUAUACUCCAUUCUUAGUCCCCUUGGGAAGGAUUACGAGUCUGAAAUAGACGAGGAAGCACAGAUGCAGAUUUCCGCUGGUGAAAGGCCAGAGAAGAACAAAGAAUUCUUGAGACUAGACCACAGUGGAGUGGAGGGAUACUUGAUUUUUGGGAUGAUAUUUCUAUAGCAUAUCUAUCGCCUUUCUGCUCUUUUUUUGUAGAAAGAAUUCAUAAUCAUCCGGCAUAUGGAGAGACUCGGACUUGGGAACAUGUAUGUUCACAUUUUAACUUUUCUCCACUUUUGCUUGGCCCCUUUCUGGAUUUUCAACAUGGCUGCUGUUAAUAUUGAUAAUGAGACUGUCAGAGAAGCACUGGGCAUUACUGGAAUUAUUCUUUGUGCAUUUGGAUUACUAUACGGUGGCUUUUGGAGGAUUCAAAUGAGAAAGAGAUUCAAUUUGCUAGCUUACUCAUUUUGCUUUGGUGAGCCAGCUGUUUCUGAUUGCACUUUGUGGUUAUGUUGUUGCUGGUGCUCUCUUGCUCAGGAUGUUCGAACUGGGAAUUCUUAUGAUAUUGUGGAAGAUAAGUUCUGUCAGAAGCAAACGGACGGCAGUAACAAGAUGCCCCAUUCACCUUUCCCCUGCAGGGAUGGUUCAAACCCCAGUUCUCCACUUGGAAACAACUCUAGCCCAUCCAAGUUUACGAUAUCUAAUUCUCCAAGUCCGAGCACAGUUUCAAAGGGGUAUAACACGCCUAGAAGGCAGCUUCUUAUGGUGAAAGAAGAGUCUUCUAGAGGAGUUAAGGAUGAAACUUUGACUCCACCUGCUCCAUCAUUGAUAGAAAGAGAAGCCAAUUCAGUUGGAAAAGCACGUGUAUAUAUAUAGCAUUUUU